AUGUCAGGGCUUCAAUUGCUACAACAACAGCCGGAACAGUGUCAGCAGCAGUCAGAACCGACACUUGAGCAGAUCAAGAUGCUUGAGACGCAACUGCAAAGCUUUCGAAUACAGUUACAAGAGCGAAAACAAUCCACUCCACUCUCACACCCUACUCUGACUACAUCUAAGGGUGCUAUUCCGAAGACAAAUCACUUCGUUGAUCGAAAUACCUGCGACAGGGUCCCUCCCACUACAACCGUACCAAUGAUGGUACCAUCGGAACAAUAUCCUAUCAGUAAACCGGUCCCAACCGAGCAGCCGCGUAUCAGUCAUGCGCGCUCGAAUCCUCCACCUGUGCCGGUCCCAAUCGAGCAGCAGCGUACUCAUCAAGCGCGCUCGUCUAUCCAACUCGCGUCAUUUUCUAACGAACAAUCACGUUCUCAUAACGUGUCAUCAAGUUUCUUCCCACAUGUAACGGUUUCACGUGAGCAGCCGUUAGCGCACGAGACGCCCGUGAAUAUUCGUGAUACUUCUGCGAGUGCACCGCUACCAUUCGAGCAGCCGCCCAACUAUCCUGCGCACUCGAAUCGAGCUGCUGCGCCAGCAAACGAAGCACUUCAUCGACCAUCCCCGGAACAAUUAGCUGCAAGACAGGUUAUGCCACGUGAUCUACCCGAGUUCAUGGGCGAUCCAGAGGAGUGGCCGAUAUUCUUCAGUAGUUUUAGUAACUCCACAGCCGCUUGCGGGUUUAGCAACGUAGAAAACCUGGCUCGUUUGCAACGUUGCCUGAAAGGUAGCGCUCUAAAAUCAGUGCGAUAUUACCUUCUGUCGCCUGAUUCUGUUCCGGAAGUGAUAAAUACACUCCGAACCUUGUAUGGUCGGCCCGAGAUUAUUAUAAAUAAAUUAAUUCAAACCGUGCGUGAAACACCUGCUCCCAAAUCUGAGAGGCUUGACUCGUUGAUAGAUUUCGGGAUGUCCGUCAGAAACUUGACACAACAUCUUAUUGCAGCAGGACAGCAAGCGCAUCUGGUGAACCCAGCGCUGCUCCAAGAACUGGUUGAAAAAUUACCAGCCAACGUAAAGCUACAGUGGGCGCAGCAUCUUUCAUUCAUUCCUCAUGCGAGUUUGCAAAACUUCAGCAACUUCAUGUCAGCGAUCGUCGAAUCGGUCAGCAAAGUCAUCGUUAUUACUGGCGGGGAAUACUCAGCGAAGCAUGAGAAAUCUCGAAUCAAAGACAAAAGUUUUGUCCAUGCCCACGUCGAAAACUCAGCAUCAGGUAGUGCCGCGAAAGAAAGAGCGGGUCAGGGUAAAGUUUGCUUGUUCUGUGGGAAAGUUGGUCAUCGAUUGAAAGAUUGUACGAAAUUCCAACAUCUACCGGUGGACGAUCGAUGGAAAAGUAUCCAGUCGCUGAAGGUUUGUCGAACUUGUCUCAAUCCGCACGGACGGCGAACAUGUCGCAAUUCGAGUCAAUGUGGGAUCGACGGUUGUCAAUAUCGGCAUCAUCGAUUGCUACACAACAAAGUGGAAACAGUGGCCAAGAAGACUCCGGGAACCUCUCGUGUAGAAGAUCACGCACAUCACCAUCACGAACAAUCCAUUCUCUUUCGCAUUAUUCCCAUAACGAUUCAUGGAAAUUCAAAGUCUGUCACAGCGUUUGCCUUCUUGGAUGAAGGUUCCUCUGCAACGCUUGCCGAGCGUAGCUUGGUUGAAGAACUUGGGGUGGAAGGUCCCAACGUCCCGCUUUGCCUUAAAUGGACCGCUAACAUGACGAGAACCGAAGAUGAGUCGCAGAUAGUUUCGCUUGAGGUGUCCGAAAUAGAUCGAAACAAUCGAUUCCACCUGGUGAACGUACGCACAGUGGAAAGUUUGAAUUUACCAUCGCAAACGCUGUGCUUCGAGAAGGUUCUAGAGGAUCAUCCGUACCUGAAAGGACUUCCGGUUCGUAGCUACGAGAAUGCAACACCAAAACUACUAAUCGAACUCCGAAACCUGCAAUUGGCGGUGCCGUUGAAAAUCAAAAAAGGUGAAAGCGGAAUCAUAGCGACCAAAACUAGCCUAGGAUGGUGUGUCUAUGGUAGUCUGAAUGCCAAGACAACGAAGCAAGACUACGAAGAAUUUAACUACCACGUAUGUGAAUGCCAAGCCGAAGAAAAGCUGGAACGACUGGUCAAAGAUUACUUCAAUGUGGAGGACUGUGGGGUGAGCAAUGUGGAAAUUGUGGAAUCCACCACAGAUGUAAGAGCACGACAAAUCAUGGAGGGGACGACGCGAAGAAUAGGUAACCGUUUUGAAACGGGCCUGCUUUGGAGGACGGAUUAUGUAGAGCUCCCCGAUAGCUUUCCGAUGGCCCUACGCCGUCUACAGUGUCUCGAGAGACGCAUGGAUAAAGACCUCGUUCUCAAAGAAAACAUCCACCGACAAGUACAGGAAUACCAGGAUAAGGGGUUUGCACAUCUAGCAACGGCGGACGAGCUAGCCGACGCAGACCCGAGACGAACCUGGUAUCUUCCGUUAGGGGUGGUUUGCAAUCUGAAGAAACCGGAGAAGGUGCGGCUAAUAUGGGACGCCGCAGCGAAGGUCGAUGGAAUUUCUUUGAACUCCUUACUAUUGUCCGGUCCUGACCUUCUCGUAUCACUGAUUUCGGUUCAAUUUCAUUUCCGUCAGUACCCGGUGGCAGUGAGUGGAGACAUCAAAGAGAUGUUCCACCAGACGAGAGUUAUCAAGCAAGACCGAUCCUCUCAGAGAUUUUUAUUCCGCAACAACACCAACGUCGAACCUAGUAUUUAUAUAAUGGACGUACUAACGUUCGGAGCGAGCAGCUCUCCUGCAUCAGCCCAAUUCGUUAAGAAUCGGAAUGCGGAAGAGUUUGCAGGCAAGUUCCCGAGGGCAGCCUCUGCCAUUCGUAGCAGGCACUACGUCGAUGAUUACCUUGACAGCUUCGAGACGAACGAGGAGGCGAAGAAGGUAUCCAGCGAGGUGAAAUGGGUCCAUCCGCAAGGAGGAUUUGAAAUCCGGAAUUGGUCAUCAAACCGAAAGGCAGUUCUGGACCACUUGGGGCAAUCUCCGAACCAAGCAACGAAAGACUUGUCAUUGAGGUCGCAAUCGGAGCGCGUGUUAGGGAUGCUGUGGCAUACCGAAGAGGACAAUGUACUUUUUUCUGCGAUCUUCAGGGAGGAAAUUGCGGCACUGAUCGGAACGGGAACGAGACCGACGAAACGUCAGGUGCUGAAAUGUAUAAUGAGCCUUUUUGACCCGUUGGGCCUGCUGGCGUGUGUGCUGGUACACGGGAAAAUAAUGAUGCAGAAUAUUUGGCGUAGCGGCAUCAAAUGGGAUGAAUUUGUCGACGAAAGCGUCCACGAAUCGUGGACGAAAUGGAUUAGCCUGUUGGAUGAAGUCAACGAAGUUCGGAUUCCAAGGUGUUACUUCGAGAACGCGAGCACUGAGCUGUACCGUUCGUUGGAGGCCCAUGUGUUCGUCGACGCAAGUGAAGCGGCGUAUGCAGCGGUGGUGUACUUCCGAACUACCAAUCGUUAUGGAACAGCGAAAUGCGCUCUAGUGUCAGCCAAAACGAAGGUGGCUCCUCUUCGAUAUGUCUCCAUUCCUCGGUUGGAGCUGAUGGCCGCGGUAUUGGGAACCCGGUUGCUGGUAUUUGUGCGUUCUAAUCAUUCCAUCCGAAUCAACCGCGUCAUCUACUGGUCGGACUCCGAAGUGACUCUGGCUUGGAUCCGGCAGAACAUCGAAGAUAUCGCCCUUUCGUAG